AUGGGCAUUACGAUGAAUCGAGAUAUCCAUGCGCCGAGUGUCCCCUCCGGUCCGACGACCGCGGGGACAGGAUUCCGAGACCUGUCGAAGCUAUCAAUGGUUGAGCUUAUGAGUGAGAAGGAACGUAUCGAGGCGGAGUUAUCAGCUUAUAGUAGCGUCUUGACAUCUCAAGGCGUUACUAUGGAUACGAGUUUGACGACCUUUGACGGAUUUCCUCGCGACGACAUCGAUGUGGCGCAGAUCCGUACUACACGCGCGAGAAUUAUACACCUCCGAAAUGAUCACAAAGAAGUCAUGAAACACCUGGAGAGGGGUCUACACGCACACUUUGAAGCUCUACAGCAGGCGCAGGCUUCCUCUACGACAUCCGCCGUCCCUACACAACAACAACAACAACAAAACGGAAUGAUCGAAACGCCGUUUGCGCGAGUAAAUAGUGUUGCGCCCGGCAGCCCCGCGGAUCAAGCUGGCUUGAAGCCGGGAGAUACCAUUCGGAGUUUCGGAACGGUCAACUGGGUAAACCACGAGCGAUUAACAAAGGUUGGAGAGGUUGUGCAGCAAAACGAAGGGCGUCCUCUCGUGGUCAAGGUCUCGCGACAAAACGAAUCGGGUCAGGGUACGAGAGAUUUGAGCGUUAGUCUGAUACCGCGUCGCAACUGGGGAGGUCGUGGUCUUUUGGGCUGUCACUUGGUGCCUUUGUAA